AUUACAAGCAACAUUGAGAAAAACGUGGAAACGAAAAUAAGUAAAGUUUCCUUCCAAAUAAUGAUACAACAAACGAUCCUCACUAAACGAAAAGGAAGCAUAGUGGUUCAAUUAUACCGAACACUGAUUUCGAUUUCUCACACACAUACACACGCACGCUCUCUCUUUCCCAUAUAUAUAAGAAAAUGAACAAGAAAGCUUUAUCAAUUUUGUUGCGCGCCAGAAUGAACAAGCCUAACCUUUCUCUCUCUCCUCUUCCUUUAACUCAGAACGCAGCUAGUAAAAUGCAUCAGCAGAAUUCACAGAAAUCACCAGAAGAAGGAAAUUCAGCUUCGAAUAAUCACUCCGGCAACUCCGAGAGUGAGUUUAAGCGUGUUCAUGCAUCAAUGCAGUCUGCGAUUUCACUGAAUAAAACAGAAGUUCUAGAUGAUGUGCUUAAUAACUUCUCUGAGGGUUAUUUUACACUGUCUCAUGAGAAUCGUCGCAAGUUGCUCCUUGUCCUUGCUAGAGACUAUGAUCUCAAUAGAUCACAAGUUCGCGAACUAAUAAAGCAGUACCUUGGACUUGAACUUCCAGAUGACAAAGCUCAAGUGAGUGGAUCCAAAGAAGAAGGCUUGUUUUCUUCAUUCUAUCGCAUUGAGUGGAAUUUGAGGCACGCCAUUCAGCCAGUUUAUGAAGUUCUCUUUGAUCGUCUCAACACUCAUCCUGGAGGUUUGAGAUUCUUAUCCAUUCUUCGAGCAAAUAUCCUGGAUAUUCUUGCAGAGGAGAAUAUUGCUUCUUUGAGAGCAUUGGAUUCUUAUUUAAAAGAAAAACUUAGCACGUGGCUCAGUCCUGCUGCCUUAGAGCUACACCAAAUUACAUGGGAUGAUCCUGCUUCCCUGCUGGAGAAAAUUGUUGCUUACGAAGCUGUGCACCCUAUAAGCAACCUUCUAGAUCUUAAGAGAAGGCUGGGAAUUGGCCGUCGUUGUUUUGGAUAUUUACAUCCAGCAAUUCCUGGUGAACCUUUAAUUUUCAUCGAAGUUGCACUAAUGAAGAAUGUGGCUCAUACUAUACAGGAAGUUUUGUGGGAUAGUCCUCCUAUACCUGAAAGUGAGGCAACAAGUGCAUUGUUCUACUCUAUAUCAUCAACUCAGCCAGGCUUAGCAGGGAUCAACUUGGGAAAGUUUCUUAUCAAACGUGUUGUAAAACUGGUGAAAAGAGAGAUGCCACAUAUUUCUACCUUUGCAACUCUCAGUCCCAUCCCAGGAUUCAUGACGUGGCUGUUAUCCAAGUUGGCAUCUCAAACAGUGCUUGCUGAAGGAGACAUGUCACAACCAGUGGCCGAGGGAUCUGGUUCCACAUUCUACGAGAACAUACUUAAACCCGAUGAAGAAGAAGCACUUAUGAGUUUGCCUAAUAUCUGUUGCAGAGAUAUUGCUACUGGGAAAAACGGAAUGGAAGUGAUGCUCAACCUGCUUACUUCUACAACCUACAAAUGGAUCCAUUCACCGGAAAUUUCGUCAGCAUUAAAAUCCCCUUUGAUGCGCUUAUGUGCCAGAUACCUUCUGAAAGAGAAGAAGAGAGGAAAAGCUUUGGAUUCUGUAGCAAAUUUUCACUUGCAAAAUGGAGCGAUGGUUGAAAGAAUAAAUUGGAUGGCUGACCUAUCAGAAAAAGGCCUUUCUCAAAGUGGAGGCAUCAUGGUGAACUAUGUAUAUAGUCUGGAUAACAUAGAAGAAUAUGCUCAUUCAUACUUCAGCAACGGUGUAAUCCAAGCUUCAAGUGAUCUUCAUCACCAUGUUGAGCCUCACAGUGACAAAUAAUCAAAAUAAUCUUCUGAGAGUAUACCUGAUGGUUUUUUAUCAAAACAAUGGAACAAAUGCAUACAAGUCUGAAAUUGAAGAACCUUGUACCUCUGAUUGUUGAUAAUUUAUGUACAGCGAAUACAAGGAAGCUGAAUAGGUAUCAAAUCCAAUUCGUUGGUGAAAUACAAUAAGAGGCAAAAUCCUAAACUUCCAUGUUAUUAUGUCACUGAUGAUGCUAGUCUUACACGAGGUACAUAGGAAAAAAACUAGGAUGAAAAGUUCAUGCUUAGAAAACCUCAACCAGUACAAUUGAUAUUGUGAUGUAUACUAUACUGAAAACAGACCCUAUCUUUUAGUGAAAAGUGUGUGACUGAAAUUCAAAUUUGGUUGGAGAUCAAUGAAUGAAGUAUUGGUUUUCGCAGAGGAAA